AUUCGUUCUCUUUCUGUCCCGGCUGCAGGAGUGCUCGCUCGCCGUCACCUCCCCCCCUCUCCAUCCCUUACGCUAUGCCGAACAUCGUGCUGUUCAGCGGCAGUUCCCACCACGACCUGUCCCAGCGAGUGGCCGACCGCCUGGGGCUGGAGCUGGGCAAGGUGGUCACCAAGAAGUUCAGCAACCAAGAGACCAGUGUAGAGAUUGGUGAAAGUGUGAGAGGAGAAGAUGUGUAUAUUAUCCAGAGUGGCUGUGGAGAAAUAAAUGACAACUUAAUGGAAUUGCUCAUCAUGAUCAAUGCUUGCAAGAUUGCAUCAUCCUCCAGAGUCACUGCAGUAAUUCCAUGUUUUCCAUAUGCCAGGCAAGAUAAGAAAGACAAGAAGGGAGCCGUGGAGCGUUGGAGUCGUGCUCCAAUCUCUGCAAAACUUGUUGCCAACAUGCUGUCAGUUGCAGGGGCUGACCACAUCAUCACCAUGGACCUGCAUGCUUCUCAGAUCCAGGGUUUCUUUGACAUUCCAGUAGAUAACCUGUAUGCAGAACCUGCAGUGCUGCAGUGGAUUAAAGAAAACAUUUUGGAGUGGAAAAACUGUAUCAUAGUCUCACCUGAUGCAGGUGGUGCAAAAAGGGUUACUUCAAUUGCUGACAGAUUGAAUGUGGAAUUUGCUCUCAUUCACAAGGAAAGAAAGAAGGCAAAUGAAGUGGACAGAAUGGUCUUGGUGGGUGAUGUCAAAGACAGAGUAGCCAUUCUUGUCGAUGAUAUGGCUGAUACAUGUGGCACAAUAUGUCAUGCAGCAGACAAGUUAGUAUCUGCUGGAGCCACCAAAGUUUAUGCUAUUCUUACUCAUGGAAUCUUUUCUGGUCCUGCUAUUUCUCGGAUUAAUAAUGCAGCAUUUGAGGCUGUUGUGGUAACUAAUACAAUCCCCCAGGAAGAGAAAAUGAAACACUGCCCCAAAAUUCAGUUUAUUGACAUUUCCAUGAUCCUGGCUGAGGCCAUUCGAAGAACACAUAAUGGUGAAUCUGUAUCUUACCUGUUCAGUCAUGUCCCCUUGUAACUGCUGGAGGUUACAUCACAGCUUUUUGAAGUCCUGUCAACUAGCGCUGUUGUUUUUAGCAAUGCAUCUCAAACACAAGAAAUCAGUAUACUUGUAAAAUUCCAGAGCUUGUAUGUUUAAUUAUUAUAUAUGUCUUGUAAUUAGCAUUUUUUUGUUGUAAAUGGACAAUAAAUCUGUCUUGCAGAAACUUUCUGUGGAUUCCCUGGAGAGUUUGGGAAAUUUCUGUGUUCUUUUAUAUACUCCUCACUUUCUACUGAGCUGCUGCUUCAGAUCUUUUUUUAUAUACAGAGCUACUGAAUGUCUGUUCACAGAACUGAAUGAAAUUUAUGCACAAGUUUGUCUGCGUUAAGCUAAGUGGUGCAGGGUUGGACAUCUUGCAUCUAUUAAUCUUUCAGGCAAGCAGAUGGUGACUUUUGUUUAACAGCCAUGAUAGGCUGCUAUUUUGUAAGCCAUAAGAGUUUAAACUUCCUUUUAAUUUUAAGGAACUGUUGACACAUCAUAGUAUUAACUGUUUCAUACAUUUUUUUGUUCCUUUUCCACAUGAUAUAUAGGGCUGCUGUUUUCUUUUGUAAAGCUCUCAGUGUUUCAUUGCAUUAAAUCAUUUUGUUAAUGUCUAUUUUGUGUGGUUACUGUCUUUGUCGGAUUUAUGCUUCGAUACCCUAGGAUGAUUUAUUUCUUGUAUUUCAAUAAUAAGGACCAAUCUUUAAUCAUGAGCAGUUUCGUUUGAGUUUUUUUUUUUUUCCUGUAGUUUUUAAUAUUCCUUGAGUCCAUACAAGCCAUUUCAUGGCUGUUUUCCUGUUAGUAUUGUAAAGCUUCAUUAUGCACAGUCCAAACAGUAAACUUAAAUACACUUACAUUCAUGAACAUCAGUUUCUACCCACAUUUACUUCAUGAAAAGGAAUCUGAAAUACUGGUCUUAAACUGCAUGGUCAAUAGAGCUUCAAUUUACUAUCAUGAAGUACUGCAGUACUUAACUCUGCAGUCAGUGCAUUAUGGUAGAUGAGGCAGUCUUUUAUCCUUUAGCAUUAGAGAAUUAAAGUUGUUAUGAAAACAGUUUUGUCUCUCUUUUAAGUUAUUGCAACCUACGGUUAAGUAGUGGUAAUGCAGACAGUAAUGGAUUAUGGGGAGAAAAUAUAUCUGACAUUCUACUUCUGGGUCUACAAAUUUUCUAUGGGGCAUUUUCAGCCUUCCUGCUAGGUUGUAAGAGUUGGUGUGUGUUGAGGUACUGUCCCUGCACCUAGGUAAUGGGAAAAGUUGAUUUUCCACCUGGAAUUGCAAUUGUUGAAUGGAAGAGCAUAAGACAGGAUGAAAUAAGGCUACCUUACUUAUUUUAGGGUGCAUUUAGUGACGUGGUGUUGUACUAUGAAGUGGAUUUUUCCUGUAAGACAGUCUCAAGACAGACAGUAUUUUCUUCCCCUAAGAAAGUUUCUGGGGAAAGAAAAUAAUUAAAAGGACAAUAAAGACUGUUUCUUCUGUGUGUUCUCUAUUCUAUGAAUCAAACAUACUACUUUUAGUAAUGAAUACAGAAAUGUGUGUAUAAGAUACUGUGAUGGGAAUUCAAUUCUCAUGAGCUCAUUUUUUUAAAAAGUACUUCAUAAUACAAUGAAAAUUAGAUUAUUCUGACUAGUAAAACAGUUCUUAAAUGUAAGAUUAUUUUUCCUACCAUCUUGAAAAUAUUACCUUGCAGUUAAAUUUUUCAGUUGAAGUCUAUGGCUGUGUAAUUAUACCAGAAAUGUAGAGCUUAUGCAUAGCGAUAAGGUCUACAAUAUACUUAGUAUGUGAUGUCAGUUGCACUUCCUAAAAAUCACAUAUGUUUAUGCUGAAUUGUCUGCCCUUACUGUGCACCGGUAUUGUAAACAAUAACAUUAAAAUUACUUAAAUCA